AUGGCUCCACCCGUCCCAGAACAGCGUCUGAAAGAGAUCGCAGAUCAAGCGUGCGAUGCUGCUCUGUCCUCCGCUACCGCCUACGACCAUACCUCAUGCGCCAAAUGGAACGAGGGGAUCAUUCAUAAGAUCCUCGAGUCCGUGGUUUCCGACACCUCCGUUAAGGACGGCCCGUCUCCCUACAAGUUUGCGGUGAACAGCACCAUCAUCCAGCAUACGGCGCCUCUCGUAUCCGAGACCACCCAGGAGCCAGACCAGGAGGCGGCCCACUCCAAAGCCGGCCGGCGAGGCAUGCACAGCGCCGCCGCGGCAUUCUGGAACAGCGAGAAGGAUGGCAUGUGGAGCACCAAAUACGAAGGUGGUGAGGCAAAGGGCAUGGACGUCGUGCUGACCGUCAUGUGGAUUGCGGUUUGAAAGGCUCGAAUCAACGGGCAUGUCUCUGGGGUUAAAAUGGUCAAUAUCUAUGUGUUGGAAACGGGAGGCUGCAUUUGGAAACCACGCCGCCUAGAUGGUACGGCGAUGAGGGCUUCCGUCCCGGUCGCCAAGCGCAGAUGCUUUUGUCAGUUGUGGUCUCCUUCAAAUCAUUUGCAUCGCAUGGUGUCGCUCAUGGAUUGUCCACGUAUUGCGGAUGAUUUUUUUGUACAUAGGGUCACGAUGUUGCUCUAUUCUGUUACGUUGCCCUUGGUCCGAAUAUCAACAAGCGUGCGGUCAACUUUCUUCAGCCGCCGCCUCGCGUCGAUGUACAUC